AUGGCUAGGUCUCCGUCCAAGAGGUUGUUGUCGUCGCCGACCAAACAAUCGGCGACCAGUUGUCAGACAAAUGGCAUCCGAAGUGGUUUUGAUUUGAAACGCAAACGACUGUUACAUAAACUGAUGGACAGAUUUGACGGCCAGAUAACCGCCGCCAGGGAUAAGAUGUUCGCACCUCUGAUGCAAUCGUUGUUCACAUUCGUGUCCAACAAUUGUCUAACGGAUCGCAUGAGAGAAACCAGUUUUGCGACCAAAUUGUCGGCAAAUGUUGGUCUCAUUCCCACCGCUUUGCUAUCAAUCGGCAUCAAUUCAAGUGAACACAAAUUCAUUUGCGAUCUUCUUGUGGACACCAUUCAAGACCUGACCUCAUCGGUAGUGUACGUGAAUUGCGCCCAAACGGCGUCCAUGAGUGCGAUCUUCAAAGCCUUCAGCGAUGCCAUAAUGACCGACGAUGUCGUCCGCACUGCCGGUCUCGACGACAUUCAACUGAAACGCUUGACAUUUGGCUCACUAUUUAAGAUAUAUGAGGAAAAUGUGCUCAAAACAAAUGACAAUAACUUCUGUCCGCCGAUUGUUGUAUUUCUGGACGACAUCGAGAACUGUGGCCACCAAUUGGUCUCCACUUUAAUACUGAUUCUCAAGGAAUACAUGCGAAACAUUGCCUUCAUUUUAAUCAUAAGUAAAUCCAACGAAACGACUUCAUUGCAGUAUUUGUUGCCCUCGAGUGCCACCGAUUAUCUACUCGUCCAUCACUUCCAAACAGUGUCCGGUCGUGUUGUGAUCGAUGAGAUAAUUAAUGAAGCGUUCAUCGCGUCUGACGUAACAUUUAAAUUGGGACCAAAUGUCUUGGAUUUUAUGCUCAAAAUGUUCGCCAAAUUUGAUUUUUCCAUUCAAAACAUUCAACAUAUUAUCAAAUAUCCACUGUUUUGUCACUUUUACGCAAACGAAUUGUCAUUUCUGAGUCAAUCCACGCCUAAGAAGCUUAAGAAUUACAUUAAAACCAUUGAUUCCCGUGAACUGAAAUUUUUAAGAGAUUCACAACUUUUGAAUCCAUUGCUAAACGACACCGAAUUGAAGAAAAGCAUAACCACUGAAAUGUCGGCAUUUAUUUCAACACACAAUCGAUUUGUGUAUAAUUUAAAACUUGUAUUGAAGUUAAUUAAUGGACUCAUUGGCUGCAAAGACAUGAAUUUAGUGCAACUCUACGCCAAUUCGUUGGACACAUCGUAUAAGUUCAGUCCAGUUAUUGAUUCAUUGAAUAGAUUAUCGCAAACCCAAUGGUUGUAUUUGUUAGACAAUUGUUUGAGUGGCGAUCAAACUGUGCAGCCGUUGAGUGAAGCGUUGAAAAGCCGUUACCAGGAAUUGAUUUCAAUCGAUGCCGACUCACAGCUCGAACCGGAGGUUAUGGUCGAGAAGAUGGAAGUCUCGGCUCUGAAGUCAAAGUUAUCCAAAUCCAAGACUCGCCAGCAGUGGAAGGAAACGCUUAAACCGGUUAACACACCGAAAGCGUUGUCUAAAUUUGACGUCUGGAAGAACGAUACCAUAGAUCUGAUUGAACACACGCUAAGAGAUACGUCGACUCAUCCCAUGUCGUGUCCAUUGAGUAAAGUGCUCUUCUUUGACGCCAUAGAGUCAGUAAAGCCGCACAUUUUUGUGGACCAACGAAACGAUACGUUAAACAGUUUGUCCACACCUUUGAACGAUUCAAAACGAUCGGAGACUGACUUUCACACACUCUUUGCCAUAUUCUCUGAGAGCCAAUCCGUAAUCAAUAUGUAUGACUGGUUUGAGUCGUUCACAGAACUGAUCCGUCCGUUGAAUACGAGUCCAAAGAAGGUCAACAGCGCCGACGAAAGGGAUACAAAUAUUGUCCGUUUCUUGAAUUCUGUGUCCGAUUGUGAAUAUAUUGGUCUUUUGGAGUCAUCUAAACGCAAAGCCGAUCACUUGAAUCGUUUGCAAGGUAAG